AUGCAGUUCGUCACCAUCCUCAUCGCCAUGCUCAGCGCCACCGCCGUCGCCGUGCCCGCUCCAGCCGGGUGCCGAGCCAACGGCCGCAUCUGCGGCUUGCACUCGCAAUGCUGCUCCGGAGCCUGCAUCGGCGCCGACCUGCCUAGCGGCGGCUACUGCGGUUAA